AUGACAUUCUAUGCUAAAUGUACACAAUAUGGUACAGGUUGUGAUUGGCUGAUCUGGGUUACCAAAAUGCAGAAGAAGUACUGUUGGGAGAUAAGAAGGUACAAUGGUAGUCACACUUGUACUCGAUCUAGUAUUUCUCAAGACCAUUCGAAACUGGAUUCCAAGACAGUUGCAGAAGCAAUUAAGCCGUUGGUAGAGGUUGACUCAUCUAUAAAGGUGAAAUCAGUCAUUGCGAAAGUACAGUCGAAGUUUAACUACACCAUCAGUUAUCGCAAAGCAUGGUUGGCAAAGCAGAAGGCGGUGGAGUCAAUCUUCGGGGGUUGGGAAGCAUCGUACGAAGCCUUGCCCAUAUGGUUUGAGGCUAUGUGUCACAAGGAGCCGUCAGUGGUGGUUCACUUUGAGACUAUGCCUGCAUACCAGGGAAAUGAUUUGGUUCCUAAUAUCCGUGUACUGCACCGAGUCUUCUGGAGUUAUUACCCUUGUAUAAGGGCAUUCAGACAUUGCAAGCCAGUUGUGCAGGUGGACGGGACUCAUUUGUAUGGAAAGUACAAGGGUUGUUUAUUGGUAGCAGUUUCACAAGAUGGAAAUAACAAUAUUGUCCCAAUUGCAUUUGCCAUAGUGGAGGGAGAGACUUCUGAGGCGUGA